AGUGAAAACCAGAUCUUCUCGGAUUUGCAUUGUAAAUAAAGCAAUAAAAUAAGAAAAAAAGGAAAGAGAGAAUCAGAAAUGAUUUUCUAAGAACAGUAUGAAUGUAAGCAUAUGAAGGUAAGUUGCCCCGAAUUUUCUCUUCCCACAGUCUUCCUAUAUACCCUGCGUACUCUGACCGGAAGAGAGGAAAACCAAAACCCUAAUUCCAGUUCCCUUUAUGCAGCAUGGCAUAUGGAAGCAACGGCAAGCGUGGCUCAACGAACAGCAAUAACUCUACCCAAAUCGACAACCAGAGAGGUAAUAACCAUCACAUCGUGAGUGUCUCCGCCCCUUCUGCUACCACCACCACCACCUUUUCCCUCCCUAACAACCCACGCCCCACUCCAAAUGACUUCCCCCAAUUCUCUGCAACAGCUCAGUCCUUCAACAACUCCGAAGAUGGGUCACAAGAUUUUAGCCGCGCCAAGAUCAAGAGCCCUGUAACUGGAAAUUCCUUCAACAACCUCGGAUCAGGCUCCCAAACUUUCAGAGAUGCAGAAAUUCGUUGUGCCAAGGAAUCUAGCAAACAGAGUAGAUCUAUUUUCUCCUUGAAACAAGACCGUGCGCCCCACGCCGGAACUCUCCAUUCCUUCAAUAAUAACGGUAAGGGAUCCCAGUGUUUCGACGGUUUCAAGCUCAACUGACCACUUAUCAGUUUCCCAUGUAUCCAUUUAAAGUUUCAGACUUUUAAUUCAAAACUUCUAUUGCAGCCAUCGUAUUGGUAAAGAAUAGAACAAGAUUAGAUUCUAUGCUUAUGUUAUUUGCAUAUUGGUGAAGAGAUGGAUCAAAUAAGAGAGAUAGCCUGUUUGAUUCUCUAUGCUUA